UGCUGCCCUGUUUAGAGAGAGAGCGAGAGAGCUGUUUGUCACUGCGAGGAGGAAGUGCACAUUGCCCCUCAAUAAGGCGCAGUGUUAGCGUUACAGAUAACUCACUGUCUCUGGUGCCCCGGACAAUCCAAGGAGAGACCUUCCUCCAUCCCGUAGCCGAUACUGGGGAUCUGACCAUUGUUUCCCGCGGAGCCCUGAGCGGCCCGACUCGCAGCAGCUUCAGAGGAUCUGUCCAUUAUCAGCGGGUGCUGAAAAGCCUCAGCAUGUCUGUUGCUCUGUAUUUCCUGACCACCCUGGGGGGGUAUGUGCUCACCUCAGCUCUGCUCCUCAAGUUCCCCAACCUACUGCACAAGAAGAAGCAACAAAAGUUCCGCUGUAGACACAUAUCCCACCGAGGGGGUGCAGGAGAAAACUUGGAAAAUACAAUGGCAGCUUUCCGACAUGCAGUCAGCCUGGGGACAGAUAUGCUAGAGCUUGACUGCCACCUCACAAAAGAUGAACAGGUUGUGGUGUCACAUGAUGGGAACCUGAAGAGGUCAACCGGUGUCAAUAUCAACAUACCAGAUCUGAACUACUGUGACCUGCCUCCCUAUCUUUGCCAACUGGACGUGACCUUUGAGAAAGAUUGCUGCUGCCAAGGUGGAGAGGACAAACGCAUACCGCUGCUGAAAGAUGUUUUUGAAGCCUUUCCAGACACACCGAUCAACAUAGACAUCAAAGUCAAUAACAACAUUCUUGUUAAAAAGGUCUCUGAGCUGGUGAGGGAAUAUAAAAGAGAACAUCUGACUGUGUGGGGCAAUGCAGACUACGACAUUGUGCAGAAAUGCCACAGGGAGAACUGUGACAUCCCUCUGCUCUUCUGCUUUCAACGGGUCUUGCUCCUGGUUGGUUUAUUUUACACUGGACUCUUGCCCUUCUUUCCUAUUCGAGAACAAUUUCUGGAGAUUCCAAUGCCUUCUAUCAUCAUGAAGCUUAAGGAUCUGUCCAAAAUGAGCCGGAGUCACAAGUUUGUGGUGUGGCUUGCAGACGCAUUAAUAAUGAGAAAGGCGCUGUUUGAUCACCUGACAGCACGAGGGAUUCAGGUAUACAUAUGGGUAUUAAACAAUGAAGAGGAAUACAAACGAGCGUUUGAUUUGGGUGCUACCGGCAUAAUGACAGACUAUCCCACCAGGCUCAAAGAGUUUUUGGAAAAACAUUCCCAUUGAGUAACUACAUCACAGAAACACCACAGCCUCCAGGAAUGAGCAGCGCCAAUCAUCCGUCUAUACUGUACAUCUUCAUACCUCACACGUGGCAAUGUAAUAAUGUAGAGAAACCUCAAGUACAGAUACAUAUGUAUGGAACAGCAUCUUGUAUAGUUUCCAUCUGUAAAUAGGCGAUGAGACUAAACCACAGUACUGUAUAUUUAAGGAGUGAGAGAAAACUACAUAAACCCAGUCUGAUGGGAACUGUUAUGCUGUA